AUGAGUCGCCCCCCAGGCCCCCACAGCGCCCGGGCCCCGGCGGGUUCCACGGCUCUCCCCGGGCGCAUUCCGGACCUGGUCGCCCAGAUCCCCUGGCUCCGCUGGGCCCUCAUAGCCGCUGCGGUCGUGGCUGGCGUCCUCGUUGUUUCCUGCCUGCUCUGUGCCAUCUGCUGCUGCUGCCGCGGCCGCCACAGGAAGGAGCCCAGAGACGAGGAGGCCGUGGGCCUGGGCAGUGCCCGCAGCACCAUCAACACGCACCUGGUGCAGCCAGAUGUGGAUAAGGAGGAGCCUGGCCCUGGGGGGCCCCAGCAGUGGGAGUGCCUGCAGCUGUCCGUGGAGUACGACUUUGGAAGCCAGGAGAUCAAGGUGGGCCUCAGGCAGGCAGCGGACCUGAGGCCCCGGGGCCCAGGCGGCACGGCGGACCCCUACGCCCGCGUCAGCCUGUCCCCUGAGGCCGGGUGCAGGCACGAGACGAAGGUGCACCGUGGUACCCUCUGCCCCACGUUCGAAGAGACCUGCUCCUUCCACGUCGCCCCCGUGGAGCUGCCCCGGACCGCCCUGCGGGUGCAGGUUCUAGACUACAAGCUCUUCUCCCAGCACGGGCUGCUGGGCGCGCUCAGCCUGCCGCUGGGCACCUUGGAUCCGCAGCCCGUCCUGGAGCUCUGGCACCCUCUGGGCCCGCCCAGCACUGCCGAGCCCGAGCAGUUGGGGGAGGUGUGCUUCUCGCUCCAGUACGUGCCCGGCUCAGGCCGGCUGACCGUGGUCGUGCUGGAGGCCCGAGGCCUGAGCCCGGUUCUGGCAGAGCCCUACGUGAAGGUCCAGCUUGUGCUGAGCCAGAGGAAGUGGAAGAAGAGAAAGACAUCUGCCAGGAAGGGCAUGGCCACCCCUUACUUCAACAAGACCUUCACCUUCCUUGUGCCUUUCAGCCAGAUCCAGAGCGUGGCUCUGGUGCUGGCCGUCUGGACCUGGGGCCCUCAGUUCCAGGCCAAGCCCGUGAGCAAGGUUCUGCUGGGCGCCCGGGCCUCUGGUCAACCCCCACAGCACUGGGCAGACAUGCUGGCCCAUGCCCGUCGGCAGCACCGCCUGCAGCCGGCCAGGGAGGUGGACCAGGCCCUGGCCUUGCAGCCCCACCUGCGCCUGCCCUUGCCUGGCUCCUGAAAGCAGCCCCGGCCCUUGGUCUCCCUGGGCUGGGCCACGGGCCCCGUGCAGGCUGCCCUGGGGACCCACCAUAAUAAACGCCUUCUCCCCCAUGGCUGUGCGUCCUUCCCGAGCCCCGUGGACACAGCAGGGUCAGGGGCUCCACCGACAUCACCAAGGACAAGGAGAGGGUCUCCUCUCCAGGCUCAGCCAGGCCCUGAGGGCUCUGACCCAUGCCUGACCCCUGAGUGAGGGUGAAGGGGCCCUUCCUGGCCCAAGGGGGACGAUACUGGGAGAUGCGAAGCCCUCCCCAUUGGUAGCAGCUGAAGAGUGAGGGAUGGGCCCCUGGGGACACAGUGGGCAAGUGGGAGAUAUCUGGGGGACGGUGACAGUGGACAGAGGGGAACCCAAUCCCAGGGACCGCCCCAGCACCCGAGGGGCCCCAAACCCUCCAGAUGGUGACUGCAGGGCGUCCCGUUUGCGAGCAGCAGGGGGCAGUAGAUGCCUUCAGAAGCCGCCCCAGGCCUUUGGGGGCUCAGCCUGGCCCGGAAAGCAGCUCUAAUCCCCGCACAUCUGGACGGCUUUAGCUCUCCCUGACCCUCCCCAUGGCCCGAGAAGCCGGCAGGGCUGAGGCCAUGCACCCCCAGCUCAGAGGGUGCCAAGUCAUGGUUAUCCGGAUGCCUCUGCUGGGUGGGGGCCCGGGCAGGGGGUGCAGGCCUGGACCGGGGUGAGAAGGGCAGUGCCGGGCCUGCCUGGGGCAGCCAGGCGGGCCCCAGGCCCCCUCGGGUCAGGGAGAGGUUCCCAGGGGGGUGGCGCCGAAAUCCUGGGUUUGAAGGAUGUGUUCCGAGCUGUGCAGGGAGCUGGCCCGCGGGCAGGGCGGCCCAGGCAAGGCUGCACGUCCGUCCAGGCACCCCCCCAUCCUGCUCCUGGGUGGGAAGCUGGGAUCACGCCCAUGGAGGGAAGCCCUGCCCCAGAGACCCUGGCCACUGCCGCAGGCCCCAGAGGCCGUGUUUGGGGGUCCGGCCUUGCCCCGGGCCAGCUUGGGGACAGGAGGACAUGGCCAGCUCAUGCCCGAGACGCCUGCUGGGUUGGGGGGGGCAAUAAGGAGCAGAGUGCGAGGCUGCUGCUGUUCCCCGGGGGGCCCAGAGCCCUGGGGAAGCCGAGGAAAGCAGUGUGGAUCCGGAUUCAGAACAGGUGGGGCUGGGCCGGAGUGACGCCUUGGCUGACCCCUGAGCUGUGCGCCACGGCUGGCGAGGCCGUCGUCCUGUCCUCAGGCUCCUUGUAAGAUACAAGGGAGGCAUCUCGAAGUCAUCACUGAGCCCUAAAUAGACCAACCCAACCUCAGCACCGCCCCGCCCCCCACAACCAAGACUUCUUGGCCUGGAUGGCAGCACGAGGCUGGGCCGGGCCAGGCAGCCUGGGCAGGUGGGGAGGUUCCUGUGCCCCCAUUGGUCUGAGGAGGGCUCCAUGCCCUUUCUGAGCAGGGGCCCAGCCUGGGGGAGGCCAUUUAUACCCCUCCCCCUGGGCCCACCAGCCCAACUCGCCGCUGCCGGCCUGACCCCACUCCCAGCGCUGCUGUCCGGACGCGAGGCUCUAAGCCCAGGACCUCAAGAUGGGCGAGUAAGUGUAGCCCCCCAAGCCCGGUGCCCCUGCUGCCCACCCCACUCCCCACUGGGCGAGGGUCUCUGCAUCUCUCCGCCAGGCCACCUCCCGCCCGCCCCCAUCACACAGCCCCAUGGCAGGGCCCUAACCUCUCUUCUCUCUCCCUCCCCCCACCUGCCCCCCUGGGACAGUGAAGAGGUGAGUACCUGCUUGGGGGUGAAACACGGAGGGGGUGGGACCCCCCAACUCAGGAGAGGGCAGAGGUCGGAGUUCCAAGGCCCAGGGAGGCCGCCCAGCCCUCCCCCUUCUGUGAAAAUGCCUCACCGCACCCCCACCUCCCCCAACGGAGACACUGACAAAUAGAGGAAGUGGCUGCCUGGUGCCCCAAUGCUCCCGGAGCAGGGGAAGUGCGGCUGUGGCCUGCUCACCGGGGACUCACUUCUUCUUUCUGAUGGCUGCAUCCCCUCCCCCGCCUCCUGGGCCCCGCCAGCAUCCCCCUGCCUCAGAAGCACAGCCCCUUCUCCCGACCCCAGUCCUCCCAACCCGAAGGGCCACCGGGGCAAAGGGUCACCGUGCAGCGCCGUGUCCUGGGCCCAGCCUCCCCACCAGGCCCAGGCCCAGCCGCCCCUCGGGCAGGACCCCCUGGCUGGACGGCUGAGCCCCGCCGACCCUGACUCUCCCUCCUGCAUCUU